ACAAGACUUAUUCAUCAUUUUCAGUAUGUCAGCGCCUCGAGUCUCAAAUUCUGAAGAAUCUGAGAAAUCGGGAGAGAUAUUCAUUCAUGAUGGACUUCUUCUUGAGGUUAAGUUUAACCUCGGAGGGAGUAAACAGUUGCAGGUACCACAGGUUGACAUACGCCGCGACGAAGAAGGGCCAAUCGAUAGCAACAGAUCGUGCCAGGAUGAGAAACCGAUGCUUUCCACCCCAAGAUGCCAUGCUUGAAUCACAGUACACUGGGAGAUUACAGAGAGUUAGUAUUAAAAAGUACAUUGAGGUUACUAGCUUGA